AUGUCGGAAUCUAUUAUCCGUGAACCCGGGCUUGCAACGAUUCAUCCCGAAUGGGAAGCAUUCGAGAAACAGUUUCCAGUUCCUCCGCUACUUGGAACACCGCAGCAACUUCGCCAUUUGAAAUUCCCAAAGGCCAAUGCCCCUCCUGUUGGGUUUUCUAUCAGAGAAGUUGAGGUCUCAGGUUACCAGGGCGCUACCAAUCAGCUGCGCCUUUACACCCCUGAUGAUAGCUCUGAGCCUCUUCCAGUCGUCAUAUACGUCCAUGGUGGAGGGUGGACAAUGGGAGACUUGGAUUCAGAGGAUAAGGUCUGCCGAACUAUGUGCAAUUCUGCAGGCGUGGUUGUCGUCAGUGUGGACUACCGCAAAGCACCCGAGAACCCCUUCCCGAUCGGCCUGGAGGAUGUUUGGCAAGGAGUGCUCUGGACUGUUAAUGAAGAACAGGUUUUCAAUAACAUUGAAUCCUUGGGAGGUGUCAGUGAUAAGAUCAUCAUAGGUGGCCUCAGUGCCGGUGGAAACAUAGCAGCCGUUCUCGCACAGAGAGCCCGAAGUGUCCGAAACAUUGCAUUUCGCGGACAGAUACUGCGUGUUCCUCUAGUCAUACACAAAGAUGCCCUACCCCGUGAGUUCAGCUUCUCCAGCUACACUGAGAACGCCACUGCACCUAUACUACCGGCUGCGGCGGUCACUCAGUGUCUCGGCUACUACGGGGCCCCUCCAGAGGACAUACGCAUUUCUCCACUUCUAGCAAAAGACCAUUCGGGCCUGCCGCCAGCUUAUAUCCAGGUUGCCGGAGCUGACCCCCUUCGAGACGACGGAUUCGCAUACGCUGAGAGACUGCAGAAAGCAGGAAUCCCAGUUAAAUUGAGUGUUUACGCAGGCUUCCCGCAUGCAUUUAUGAACUUUCCUUUACGGAGUGCUAUGAAAAGUGAUGGAGAUUUAAUUAAGGCAAUUAAGUGGAUAUUGGAGAUACAGACUUGA